UGUUUAGGCAGUAGGGAGUUUCUGCUAGGGUCUGGAUUUGGAGUUACACACACCGGACCCUACCCUGUAUGAGUGGUGUCUGAGGAGAAGAAAAAACAAAGGAUUCCCCCUCUGUCGCAAAGAAUCUACAUGUCUAAUAUUUAGACAUGUUCAGCUUUGUGGAUAUUCGGUUAGCGCUGUUGCUCAGUGCAGCAGUGCUUUUGGUGAGAGGUCAAGGCGAGGAUGACAGGACGUUCGGCAGCUGCACAUUAGAUGGACAGUUGUACAACGACAAGGAUGUAUGGAAACCAGAGUCGUGCCAGAUCUGCGUCUGCGACAGCGGAAACAUCAUGUGCGACGAGGUGAUCUGUGAGGACACGUCCGACUGUGCCGAUCCCAUCAUCCCAGACGGAGAGUGCUGCCCAAUCUGCCCCGACUCCGAUGGAGUCCCGGUCCCAGAUGACUAUGAGCAAACAACGGGAGAAGUUGGCACCAAGGGAGACCAGGGUCCCGCUGGUCCUCCUGGCGAUGAUGGGUUGGAUGGAGAGCCUGGUAUGCCCGGCCUUCCCGGUCCCCCUGGCUCCCCUGGCCUUGGCGGAAAUUUCUCUCCUCAGAUGAGCUACGUUGACCACUCCAAAUACACUAGCCCACCUCAACCUGGUCCCAUGGGUCCCAGGGGUCCACGUGGUCUUCCUGGAUCAAUCGGCGCCCCUGGUCCUCAGGGUCCCAACGGCCACCCUGGUGAGCCCGGUGAGCCCGGAGCCUCUGGUGCUAUGGGCCCUCGUGGUCCCAGUGGUCCCGUUGGAAAGAACGGAGAUGACGGUGAGGCCGGCAAACCCGGUCGCCCCGGAGAGCGUGGAGCCGCUGGCCCUCAGGGAGCUCGUGGAUUCCCCGGAACCCCCGGACUCCCCGGCAUCAAGGGACACAGAGGCUUCAGCGGUCUGGAUGGAUCCAAGGGAGACGCUGGACCCGCAGGUCCCAAGGGAGAGAGUGGCGCAUCUGGUGAGAACGGUAUCCCCGGCGCAUUGGGCGCUCGUGGUCUCCCCGGUGAGAGAGGCCGCCCUGGACCUCCUGGUGCUUCUGGUGCUCGUGGUAAUGAUGGCAACACUGGUGCUGCUGGACCCCCUGGCGCUACUGGUCCUUCUGGUGCCCCUGGAUUCCCCGGUGGUGCUGGUGCUAAAGGAGAGACCGGCCCCUCAGGAGGCCGUGGAAAGGAUGGACCCCAGGGAGCCCGUGGUGAGGCUGGUAACCCAGGACCUUCUGGACCUGCUGGAGCUGCUGGUGCACCCGGAUCCGAUGGCUCCCCUGGUGCUAAGGGUUCCCCUGGUGCUUCCGGUAUUGCUGGUGCUCCUGGUUUCCCCGGCACUCGUGGUCCUGCUGGAGCUCAGGGAGCCGUUGGUGCUCCUGGUCCCAAGGGUAACAAUGGCGAUCAUGGGCUUCCUGGUCCUAAGGGAGAGCCUGGUGCCAAGGGAGAGCCUGGACCCGCUGGAAUUCAGGGACUUCCCGGCCCCUCUGGUGAGGAGGGCAAGAGAGGAGGACGCGGAGAGCCCGGUGGUGGUGGACCCCGUGGACCCCCUGGAGAGCGCGGCGGCCCUGGUCCUCGUGGUGCACCUGGAGCUGAUGGAGCAGCCGGAGGCAAGGGAGCCCCCGGUGAGCGUGGUGCAAAUGGCCCAGCAGGAGCUCAGGGAGCAACCGGUGAGACCGGUAUCUCCGGUGCUCCUGGCGCACCUGGAUCCAAGGGUAUGACUGGUAGCCCCGGAAGCCCCGGCCCUGAUGGAAAAAGUGGACCUGCUGGUGUGUCUGGACAAGAUGGACGUCCCGGACCCGGUGGCCCUGCUGGAUCCAGAGGACAGCCUGGAGUUAUGGGAUUCCCCGGACCCAAAGGAACCAGCGGCGAGUCUGGUAAGGGCGGUGAGAAAGGACCAGAUGGUUCUACCGGACCUGUCGGUGCCCCUGGCAAAGAUGGUGAUGUUGGUGCUCCUGGACCUUCCGGCAUUGCUGGACCUGCCGGAGAGAAGGGAGAGCAAGGACCCGCUGGACCUCCUGGAUUCCAGGGUCUUCCUGGACCCCAAGGUGCUACUGGUGAGACUGGCAAGCCUGGCGAGCAGGGCGGUCCCGGUGAGCCCGGACCCUCUGGCCCAUCCGGACCAAGAGGAGAGAGAGGUUUCCCCGGUGAGCGCGGUGGCAACGGACCCGUCGGCCCAAUGGGAAGCCGUGGUUCUCCUGGCCCUGCUGGUAGCGAUGGAGCCAAGGGAGAGGCUGGUGCUGGUGGUGCCCCCGGUGGUCAAGGAGGCCCCGGUAUGCAGGGAAUGCCCGGUGAGCGUGGAGCAAGUGGUCUCCCCGGCAUCAAGGGAGAGAGAGGUGAUGUUGGAGCCAAGGGAGGUGAUGGCGCACUCGGCAAAGAUGGCGUGCGUGGCCUAACUGGUGCUAUUGGACUUCCUGGACCCCCUGGUACUCAGGGUGAGAAGGGUGAGGGUGGUGCAGCUGGAGUUGCUGGACCCACUGGUCCUCGUGGUUCCAAUGGAGAGCGUGGAGAAACUGGACGUCCUGGAACUGCUGGAUUUGCUGGACCUCCUGGUGCUGAUGGUCAGCCUGGGGCCAAGGGAGAGUCUGGUGAGAGUGGACCCAAGGGAGAAGCUGGUGCUCCUGGACCUGCCGGACCUGUUGGAGGUUCUGGUCCUCAGGGACCCGCUGGCCCAUCUGGACCUAAAGGUGCUCGUGGUGGUGCUGGAUCCCCUGGUGCUACUGGUUUCCCCGGACCCGCCGGCAGAGUCGGAGCCCCUGGCCCACCUGGACCUGGCGGAGCCCCCGGACCUGUUGGAGCCGUUGGCAAAGAGGGAGCAAGAGGAAACCGUGGUGAGACUGGUCCCGCCGGUCGCCCUGGUGAGGUUGGCAGUGUUGGACCCGCAGGACUCUCAGGAGAGAAGGGAUCUCCUGGCCCCGACGGAGAACGUGGUCCCAGUGGUCUACCUGGACCCGGAGGUAUUACUGGAAGGCCUGGUCCUGUAGGUAUAACUGGACAGCGUGGAGAGCGAGGUACCAUAGGAAUUUCUGGACCAGCUGGCGAGCCUGGAAAGCAGGGACCCUCUGGACUUCAGGGAGCACGUGGACCCCCUGGGCCCUCUGGACCUGUUGGACUGCCUGGUGCUUCUGGAGAGGCUGGUCGUGAGGGAUCUUCUGGUCACGAUGGUGCCCCCGGUCGCGAUGGAGCUGGUGGCCCCAAGGGAGACCGUGGUGAGACUGGUAAUAGUGGAGCUCCUGGAUCCCCUGGUGCUCCUGGAGCCCCCGGAAUGGCCGGCCCCUCUGGCGCGACUGGUGACCGUGGAGAGUCUGGUGCCGCUGGCUCUGCCGGCCCUGCUGGCCCUGCUGGUGUCCGUGGUCCCGCUGGCCCUGCUGGUGCAAAGGGAGACAGAGGAGAGGCUGGUGAGGCUGGAGAAAGAGGACACAAGGGACACAGAGGAUUCAGUGGCAUGCAGGGUCUGCCCGGCACCGCUGGAAGCUCUGGAGAGAGGGGACCAGCUGGCAGCUCUGGACCUGCUGGACCCAGAGGACCUUCUGGAUCUAAUGGUUCUCCUGGUAAGGAUGGCAUGAACGGUCUGCCUGGACCCAUCGGACCCCCUGGACCUCGUGGUCGCAAUGGAGAUAUGGGACCUCAUGGUCCUCCUGGACCUGCUGGACUUCCUGGAGCCCCUGGAAGUCCCGGCAGUGGCGGUGGAUGGGUGAUCCCUCCUAGUAGUGUCAAGGGACACGAUGACUACCGCGCUGAUGACGCCAACGUGAUGCGCGAUCGCGACAUGGAGAUCGACUCUACCCUGAAGACCCUGACCAAGAGGGUUGAGAAGAUCCGCAGCCCCGAUGGUACCCAGAAGACGCCAGUCCGCAUGUGCCGCGAUCUGAAGAUGGCCCACCCUGAGAUGAAGAGCGACCAGUACUGGGUUGACCCCAACCAGGGAUCCAUCCUGGAUGCCAUCAAGGUCCACUGCAACAUGGAGACUGGCGAGACUUGCAUCUACCCCAGCGAGUCCAGCAUUCCCAUGAAGAACUGGUACCUCAGCAAGAACAUCAGAGAGAAGAAGCCAAUCUGGUUCAGCGAGUCCAUGACUGGUGGAUUCCAGUUCCAGUAUGGCAGUAAUGGAGCUGAUUCCGAGGAUGUCAACAUCCAGAUGGCCUUCAUGCGCCUGAUGUCCAACCAGGCCUCUCAGAACAUUACAUACCACUGCAAGAACAGCAUCGCCUACAUGGACUCCGCCAGCGGCAACCUGAAGAAGGCCGUGCUUCUCCAGGGACCCAACGAGGUCGAGAUCAGAGCCGAGGGCAACAGCCGCUUCACAUACAGCGUCAGCGAGGAUGGCUGCACGUCACACACUGGCACAUGGGGCAAGACAGUCAUCGACUACAAGACAUCAAAAACAUCCCGCCUGCCCAUCAUUGACAUUGCUCCUAUGGAUGUUGGUGCACCUGAUCAGGAAUUUGGCGUCGAAGUUGGCCCCGUUUGCUUCUUGUAAAAAGAAAGAAAAAUGGACAUGACAUUGUUGUUUUUUUUCUAGCAGUCAUCUCUAAACCUUUUUUCUAUGCAUUCAAAACUCAUUCGGCUGCCAUUGGUCCACAUGCUUAAAACCACUCUACGGAAGACGAUGUUUGUGUUUUUACAAUCAAGUUUUUGGGACUGCUUCUUCAACCAAAACCAACCACAAGGACACUUUAAAAAGAAUCUUUUGUUUCCGCUGGCAACAAGAAAAUAAUAUAUAUAUACUUGUGUAAAAUUUCCCCCUGGAGAUUAAGAAAAAAAAGAUCCACACACCCAAUGAAACACAGGUCACUUUUGCCAUUUUUCUACCACUGCGGAAGGACAUUGAAAACAACAAGUGAUGUGUACCAUUUUUCUGGUGUUAAAUAAAUUGUAAAAAGUGUGCAGUGUCUUCUUGUUGUAAAUUCUUGAGAAAAAAAAGAGAAAACACCUGAACGUUGCGUCAGAUAAAGACCAGCAAAAGGAGCCAAAACAAAGAAGCUCACCUUUUCGCUGCAGUACGUAGAUUACCUCAUUACAAGAAGGCACCGCUGUUUUUUUUUUUCUAAAAUGAAAAGGGAAUUUUUUACACAAGUCUAUUGUGGGGAAAUCAGAAACAUUCAAAGGUGCUAUUACCAUUUCAAUGAGGUCCAGAUAUUGGUGUUUGAUGGUGGAACUCCAUACUGUAAUUAUUGCCACUAAUGCCUGCAGAUCCUUUGGUGCUACUAAAUUGACUUAUUGUCUUGUUGUUUAUGCACGGCAAUUGUUUUCUUCUGAAGUGUUCUGAAAAGGUGAUCACUGCAGAUGUAAUGCAUGCAAUCAUGUUUUUGUAGAUAAAAGCAAGUGAUUCUGGUUCAAUAUCAUUUCCCUGCACAUUUGUUCAGUGUUGAUCCAUCUGUCUGUUUGCCUCCUUGUGGAAAAACUCCUCUUCACUAAAACCAAAAAAAAGAAACAGCACACAUCUCCCACCCUGUUGUUAAUGUUUUUGUCGAUGUCUUUCGCAAAGGGUUUCUUAAAAAAGAAUUUGAAGCAGACCCACUUUCAUGGUUUAAAACAGAGAUUCUGUACUUAUUUUGUACAUGUAUAAUACAUUGAGAUGUUUUUAAUUAUUUUGGGUGCUGAAAUAAAGCAUGUGAAGUGG